AUGUCUUCAACAAAACUCAUCGUCGUCAUCGGAGCCACGGGCACUCAAGGUGGUUCCGUCGUCGACACUUUUCUCUCCGAGUCUGGUUGGAGAGUUCGUGGCGUCACAAGAGAUAUCACCUCGGAGAAAUCUCGAGCCCUGUCCUCGAAAGGUGUGGAAAUGGUCGAGGCCAAUCUGGACGACGUUUCUUCACUCGUCCGGGCCUUUGACGGGGCACAGGUCGUUUUCAGCGUCACCGACUUUUGGACCGGAUUUCGUGAUCCUUCUACCCUCCAAAAGCUCGAGCCCGGUCAAUCUCUGAUGGAAUGGUCUCACGAUUAUGAAUUACAACAAGGGAAGAAUGUUUUCGAGGCAGCCGACAAGACCAAAAAUCUCGAAAGAUUGGUUUAUUCUGCACUGUCAAAUGUCACAAAGUGGUCGGGAGGGAAAUACAAACACGUCUAUCAUUUUGACAGUGAGGCGAGGGCGGUCGAGUAUGCAACGACAAUCUAUCCCGACCUCAUGAAGCGAACCAGCAUCAUUCAGAUCGGAAUGUAUCUGAGCAAUACAACUUGGAUGUCACAUUAUCAACCACACAAGAACUCUGAUGGUAUACAUGUCUUGAGGACGAGAAUCCCGGCGGAUGCAAAGGUACCAUUGAUCGCCACGGAUGAAGAUACCGGUCCAUUGACACUCGCCCUGGUCAAGGUCGAACCCGGUAAAAAUCUAUUGGCAUUUCGUGAAUUGAUCACCCUCCAAGAAUUUGUCACCGUCUGGGGUCGAGUCAACAGUGUCGAAACCAAAUAUGAGGUCACCGGCCCCGAAGAAAUCUGGGUCGAUAUACCGGAAUUGAGACAAGACAUAGAAGAGUGUGCCGACUAUAUCGGUGAGUUCGGUUUCGACGGUGGUGAUCCUACAGUGGUUCAUCCAAAGGAUCUCGGUGUUCCCGUCAAUUUGCCUACUGUGGAGGAUUGGAUCAAGAAACAAGAUUGGAGUGCAUUGUUGUAGAAGACCGGGAUGUAGCCAGCCGAAGUGUCUAG